AUGGGAAACGGUCAAAAGGCACAGAUGAAGCGCGAGCGUAACGCCAAGAACGCCGGUGGCACCGCCAACUCCCAGCUCAAGGUCAACGAGGCUGCCAAGAGCAUUGUUUGCCAGACCUGCCGUCAGACCUUCUUGUGCACCAUCCGUACCAAGGCUCUUGAGGAGCACGCCACCAACAAGCACAGCAAGACCAUGAACGACUGCUUCCCUGGAUUUGUUGAGACCCCCAAGAAGUAA